AAUGUAAGAAAUAAUAAAGUGGCAAGUUGUCAUCUGCGGUGUUUUUGAUUCCAGAGUGAUUCAUUUAUGUGAACUGUUAUCUCUUUAUUGAAGUUUAGAAGUAGUCAAAUAAAUUUAGGCUCUUUCAGUCAACAAAAAUGUCUAUGCCUAAAGAGGUCCACACACAACCGCCACCUCCUUAUACACCAAGUUAUCCACCAAAUUAUGCAUUCAAUCCAAAUAAUCCAAUGCCACCCCAAAUGCAGCAACCCCAAUAUCCUGCACCUCCCAACUAUGGAGCCACGACAGUUGUCAUCACUCAGCCCAAUGAUAUAAUCAUUGUCGGAGGGUGUCCAGCUUGUCGGGUCGGUGUGUUGGAAGAUGACUUCACCUGUCUCGGAAUAUGCUGUGCUAUUUUUUUCUUCCCAAUUGGCAUUCUGUGUUGUCUUGCUCUCAAGGACAAGCGCUGCACCAACUGCGGAGCGUACUUCGGUUAAACUGAGACACGGCCGAUUACACCUCUCAGGGGCUUCCCAUAGGAUCUGUAGUCUUUAGUCUGUGUAUCUUGUGCCUUAACUUCUUUUAUACAAAUGAUUCCAUUUGGAGAAAAAUCAUUCCUAGGCUAUUCAGUGCAUGCUCAUGCAACAUUUACUUAAUGGUUUCUGACUAUAUUUUUUAGGGUUUUUAAUAAUAAGCUGGAGAUUUUACAAAGA